UCAUGCGAUUUUCAGUUCUGGGAGGUCAUCUCUGACGAGCAUGGCAUCCAGCCCGAUGGAUCAUACAAAGGGGAGAGCGAUCUCCAACUAGAGCGAAUCAAUGUUUACUACAAUGAGGCUAAUGGAGGGAAGUAUGUUCCACGAGCUGUACUUGUUGAUUUGGAACCUGGAACGAUGGACUCAGUACGCUCCGGACCUUUCGGUGCUCUGUUUCGCCCCGACAACUUUGUCUUCGGACAGUCCGGAGCCGGAAAUAAUUGGGCCAAAGGUCACUAUACAGAAGGAGCCGAGCUUGUUGAUAGCGUCCUUGAUGUAGUUCGCAAGGAGGCGGAGGGAUGCGACUGUCUUCAGGGUUUCCAACUCACACACUCGCUUGGAGGAGGCACUGGGUCAGGAAUGGGAACCUUGUUGAUUGCCAAGAUCCGUGAAGAAUACCCUGAUAGGAUUAUGUCUUCCUUCUCGGUUGUGCCUUCACCAAAGGUGAGUGUUCGGCAGUCGAUGAACAAAGUCGAGUUUCCGAUACCGUGGUUGAGCCUUACAAUGCCACACUUUCGGUUCACCAACUGGUUGAGAACACGGACGAAACUUUCUGCAUUGACAACGAAGUCACUCUACGAACAUUUUGCUUCCGCAAACGCUUUCAAGCUCACUAACCCUACUUAUGGAGACCUCAACCAUCUUGCUGUCUUAACCUCGUUUUCAGUAUCCGUAACAAUGUCUGGAGUAACAACGUGCUUGCGAUUCCCUGGCCAACUAAAUGCUGAUCUUCGCAAAUUGGCCGUCAACAUGGUACCCUUCCCUCGCUUGCAUUUCUUCAUGCCUGGAUUUGCGCCAUUGUCAGCAAAGGGAGCUCAAGCAUACCGUGCACUUACCGUUUCUGAGCUCACACAACAGAUGUUUGACGCCAAGAACAUGAUGGCUGCUUGUGACCCACGACAUGGCCGUUACCUGACGGUCGCUGCUAUGUUCCGUGGACGUAUGAGUAUGCGCGAGGUCGAUGACCAAAUGAUGUCUGUACAAAACAAGAACUCAUCCUACUUCGUGGAGUGGAUUCCUAACAAUGUGAAGACAGCUGUGUGCGACAUUCCACCCCGAGGUCUGAAAAUGGCUGCCACCUUCGUUGGAAAUUCCACAGCAAUUCAAGAGCUGUUCAAACGUAUAUCAGAACAAUUCACUGCUAUGUUCCGUCGUAAGGCCUUCUUGCAUUGGUACACUGGUGAGGGUAUGGACGAGAUGGAAUUCACAGAAGCCGAAUCUAACAUGAACGAUCUUGUGUCCGAGUAUCAACAAUAUCAAGAGGCAACUGCCGAUGACGACGGUGAAGCGGAAGGAGCCGUUGAGAACGACACCUACGCAGAAGAGUAA